UCCCUCCCCCCACUUCGCAACCCCUCAACGCUCAACGUUCCAAAACCAAAACCACCGCCCGUUACUAGAGAGAGAGAGAGAGAGUGAUCGGAGAUCGGAGAUGGAGAAGUACGAGAAGCUGGAGAAGGUCGGCGAGGGCACGUACGGCAAGGUCUACAAGGCCAAGGACAAGGCGACGGGCCAGCUCGUCGCGCUCAAGAAGACGCGCCUCGAGAUGGACGAGGAAGGCGUGCCCCCCACCGCCCUCCGCGAGGUCUCCCUCCUCCAGUUGCUCUCCCAGUCCCUCUACGUCGUCCGCCUCCUCUGCGUCGAGCACGUCGACGCCGCCACCUCCAAGCGCAAGGCCCCCUCCGCCGCCGACGACGGCGGCCAUGGCGCCUCCGCCGCCGCCGCCGGGAAGCCGAUGCUGUAUCUCGUGUUCGAGUACCUGGACACCGAUCUCAAGAAGUUCAUCGAUUCGCACCGUAAGGGGCCGAAUCCUAGGCCCAUCCCUCCCGCGCUCGUCCAGAACUUCCUCUACCAGCUCCUCAAGGGCGUCGCUCACUGCCACAGCCACGGCGUGCUCCACCGCGAUCUCAAGCCACAGAACCUGCUCGUCGACAAGGAGAAGGGGAUCUUGAAGAUCGCCGAUCUGGGGCUGGGUCGCGCCUUCACCGUCCCUCUCAAGAGUUAUACUCAUGAGGUUGUCACUCUCUGGUACAGAGCACCUGAGGUGUUGCUGGGAUCUACUCACUACUCAAUUGGGGUGGAUAUGUGGUCUGUUGGGUGUAUCUUCGCUGAGAUGGUAAGAAGGCAAGCGUUAUUUCCUGGGGACUCUGAGUUUCAGCAACUGCUUCACAUAUUCAGGCUAAUGGGAACCCCAACUGAGCAGCAAUGGCCAGGAGUUACCACUUUGAGGGAUUGGCAUGUUUAUCCACAAUGGGAACCUCAGAACUUGGCAAGAGCUGUUCCAUCCCUUGGACCUGAUGGGGUGGACCUUAUGUCGAAAAUGCUGAAAUAUGAUCCUGCCGAGAGGAUCUCAGCCAAAGCAGCACUUGAUCAUCCUUAUUUUGACAGUCUUGACAAGUCUCAGUUCUGAUAAUGCCUCGGAUACGGUCAAGUGUUCACUGGACGUGCUCUUAUGUUCUAUGUAGUUCUUGUAUUUACGUUAAAGUUGCUUUCACUGCUUAAAGGUCUUCUGUUUGCUCGGCACUUGAUGAAUCCGACUGUCAUCAUCUUGGUGAUGAAGUUUCAUGUAACACUACCAAUGAUUUUUUUUUUUUAAAUAGUGGCAAUGGCUAUGUUCCCCGAGAAUUCCAAUGUCUCUGUCUUUCUAACGUUUAA